UCCGGUUUUCUCUGCGAUGUUCGAACACGAGAUGGAGGAGAGGAAACAGAAUCGCGUGGACAUCACCGACGUGGAGCACGAGGUGUUGCGAGAAAUGCUGCGAUUCAUCUACACGGGAAAAGCGACGAAUCUAGAGAAAAUGGCGGACGAUCUGCUAGCGGCAGCGGACAAGUAUGCGCUCGAAAGGCUGAAGGUAAUGUGUGAGGAAGCACUCUGCACGAGUUUAGCCAUCGAGAACGCAGCCGAGAUCCUCAUUCUUGCUGAUCUUCAUAGCGCUGAUCAACUCAAGGCGCAAGCCAUAGACUUCAUUAAUACACACGCGACGGACGUGAUGGAUACAGCGGGUUUUAAGUCGAUGGUGAACUCUCAUCCGCAUCUUAUAGCAGAAGCGUUUCGAGCGCUAGCCACGCAACAGAUACCUCCUAUCGGACCGCCCAGGAAGCGAGUAAAACAGAGCUGAAAACAGUAUUUUGCAUCCCUCAUGACUUUUUGUGUACAGUGAUACGAGUAGUGUUCUAAAUAAAUGUUUCCUAGUGCGCCAUUCCUCUGGCCCACUUAAAAUAGACUACGUCGAAGUGACUAAUAACGCCAGUUUCGAGCCGAUUGCUAGGUCGGUUGCUCUUGGAUGGGCAACCAGUUCGGCCAGUUCGAAGCUAAAUGCAAGCAUAAAUUCAUACCCGGAGAGAGAGACGCCUCCCUUUGUAAUUCAGUGAGUCGUCGGUGUUGGAAAAAAAGAACUGUCUAUCACAGAACGGAGUGGGGAUACUGCACGUGCGACGGAAAGAAAAAUUAAGACGGGAACGAGAGCACCAACGAUAACUUGUCGGUUAAUAUUUGUACCGAUGUUGGGACAACAGGGACACACGCGACAACGGUACUCUUUUUUUUGCAUUGUGCGUCGUCAACGGUCUCGUUCGAGGGAAGCGUGUGUUUUCAUUUCUACAAACGCCACUAAAAAAUGUCAGCGAUUUGUCAAUGCGCAUCGUUAGGGUCUCGCGUGGAUUUGCUUUGGGGGAUCGCAAACCAUCCGUAUUGAAGAAAGAUGUAAAAGCAGCCAGUGGACCAAGGCGAGAUUGAAACUUGCUGAAAUUGCUACGACAUACACGUACACACACACACACACACAUUUGUAUACGCGAUACACGUACACGAACACACACACACACAAUGCACGAAGGAAGUUGUGAUAGACGUCGGCCAGACGAUUAAAACAUUUUGUUCCUUUGUCGAAAACAUGGAUCAAACGAUUGUCCCACGCUUGUUCGUUGUGCAACGAGCAAGAAGAAAAAAGUUAGAUACUAUGUUUACUACCGAUAGUGAUUUUUAGUUAUAUAUAUAUAUUGAAAAAAAAAAAAGGAAAUGAACGUCAAACUCUUCCAAGAACGGAGAAAAUGAUUCUAGUUAGUGUUUUUUAUGAUCUCUUUCUCUCAACAUGUACGACUACUACUAUGAUUACUAUUAAUGCUACGCAAU